AGAAAGCCUCGCAGUAGUGAGCGGCACCGUCAAGAAGAGUGCGUCCCUGGACUCUCAGGCUCAAGUUUUUUAUUUGAGUUACAAUAUCGUCGAGUUCUGGGAGCAGCGUGCAUGGUUGUUGUCAGCCUCCGCGAGGCGAGGUGGAGAGGAGUCCUUCCCGCAGGGAGACGUCACAUUCGUUUUCGGUGAUAUGGCAACAGCGGAGGCAAUCCGUGUUGCAAUCGCUGCUGGGCAGGCGGAGUAGGCGCAAAACGACACGCACAAAGUGAAAAUCGAGCUGGAGUGCCGCCCACACAUUAAUUAUCCCAGAAGAGCUAAAAUACAAUCGCUGGAAUCUGAAUGUUCCGCCCCCUUCCCUGGGCUCGACUUUGCUGACCCUCCUUGAAGACGGCAGGCGCAGUGAUUUGGCGUUCGUCGUAAACGGGGAGACUCUGAAGGCUCACUCGCAAGUGCUGGCUGCAAGGUGCCUGGUGCUCAACAGUAUUCUUCAGCGUGGCUUGCGAGAGUCCGAUUCCACGGAGACUGUUGUACAACAUUGCGAACCAGAUGUCUUCAAGACCUUUUGCACAGCAUUUGUAUUCCGACGAUUUCUCGCAGGUGCAGACGCGCAUGGGGUCGCAUUCUGCCAAGAAGCCGCCCGGCGGUCGGGAGGAUGGAGGCACUGCCACAGCAGAGGUUGCAUUUCUCCUGGGCGUUUUGUCUGCGAGCCGCAAGUACCAGGUAUCUCGCCUCACUCUCUGGUGCAAGCAGAAGUUUUCCGAUUCCAUUUCGAUGGAGACUGCCUGCGCAAUGUGGAUGCACGCGUACCUUCUCGAAGCAAAGCACCUCGAGGAAUGUUGUCUAUCUUACAUAAACAGGAACAUGGCGACGGUAUCAUCCAGGCCCAGCUUCGCCAGGUUGUCCACGGCCCCAUGAAGCUGAGUCUCUUGUCAUCGGGUAUGUCUUCCGACAGCGCCGCGCCGGCUCUGUCCUUGCGCGAGGACGCAGCGCGGAAGCGCAAGCGUGAGUGAGCCGCAGCGGAUGCUUCCAGGGCGCGUCUGUAAUAGGGAGCGCGCGCAGAAAAUCGGCGACUGGGAACGCUAGCAACUCCGG